AUGGCUUGUUCCUAUUUUCUUAGAAAAUUUAGAGAACGAUCUGGGGAUGAUUUGAUUGCAGCAUAUGCAACAUCAAGACAGCUGGUUCAGUGUCUAAUUAUUUCCAAGCUUAUUGCUCUUAGACACUCAAUGGAUCUUUGGGAACAAGAAAAAGACAAUGUUGAUUUGAAUCCCUUUAGCUCUAUUUUACAAUUUUCAUCCUUCGCUCAGGGAGUAAGCAACUCAGGAGCUUCAAAAAACAUUUUAGUGGAUCUUCUAAAACAAAAUUACGAUUUUCUUCCUAUUACAACACUCAGAGAAGAAGCAAAGUCUAUUAUUGUAAAACUGGUACACGAAACUGCACCUAAAAGCAAAGUUUUUAUCAUAGCAAUUGAUGAAUGCGACCUCUUCUCAACAGAAGAAACUGUGAUUCUAUCUUCAAGUGGUACUCCAAGAGAUUUAUUAUCAAUAAUUGUUAGAGAAAUUGAUGAAUUAAGAACUCUCCUCUAUUCUGAAAAUAUUCUGAUUUCUGAUAUUUAUUGUGGAACCAAGUUCGUAACAGAAUCUAGGGAUAUUAUUCAAUCUGCAGUUCUUAAAAGUAUAACAACACAAGUUCACUCAUACUAUGGCCUUGAUUUGCUUUCAUUUGAUCAAUCAUGGGAUAUGUUAAGCCUCGUAUAUAAUUUGCCAAACAAUGAAAAAGCAGAGUUGAAAAAAGAGAUUGAAUCAAUAGAAGAAGAAUAG